CCUCACAACGUCUUGACGUGUCAGCGGGACAGUGAGGGAAGUUUCCGAUCUUGGAGCUGUCUGUAGUUUGAACAGGCAACAUGUCUUUGGUUUAGAGUUGUUUUUUGGUGGGGUUAGUAAUCAUGUCCGUGCUGCGGCGUGUCGGUGGGUCAACAUGCAGUGGAGAAGACAUUUCACUGGUCUCGCUUUUGGCGUCGUUUUCGUUGUAUCAUAUUUCACUAAUAAGUUUGUCCUGUCAGUGUUAAAAUUCACAUAUCCAACGUUAUUUCAAGGAUGGCAGACAUUUAUCGGCGCUGUCCUGCUUCUACUCUCUGGGAAGCUGGGAUGGGUGGAGAUGAGCCGCAUCACCAGUUCAGCCGCUCUCUCCUGGCUGCCAGGCUCCCUCCUGUUUGUAGGAAACAUAUAUGCUGGUUCCAGGGCCUUGUCACGCAUUGACAUUCCUUUUUUCUUCACCCUUCAGAAUUCCUCUCACGUUGUCAGUUACACACUCACAAAGGUUGUCCAUAGAGAGAAGGGGCAAUGGCUGAAAUUCAUCAGCUUAUUCUUCAUGCUGCUUUCAGCCAUCAACCUCCCCUUCUACGAUCCUCAGUUUGACUACAGUGGUUACCUGUGGGCUGUCGGUCAUCUGUUCUGUGUUGGUGCAUACAAGGUGUUUCAAGUUCACCACAAACCCAGCAAUUUAAGUGACCUUGAACAACAGUGCAUCAACUACUUGUUCAGUGUGCUGCUGCUGGCCCUUGCCGCUCACCCAUCAGGUGACCUCAUGGGUGCCUUGGAGUUCCCCUCCCUUCAGUCCUACACAUUUCACUGUGGCUGCUGCGCCAGUGCACUGCUGGGGUUCCUGCUGCUGUUGGCCACAGUCAAGCUAAAAAGUGGAUUUUCGCUGGAGCACUUUGGUGUCUGGAUUUUUAUGUCCAAGGUGACUGCCAUGUGCCUCUCUCCGUUUAUUUUCUACAUGGACAUUAAUGCUCCAGCUCUCAUUUGUGUGGUCGUCAGUCAUGUUGCGGAGGCCCUGCUGGUGUAUGCUGAGAGAGAAUAACAGCUGUGAUGAGAUUAACCUAAAACUUGCACUCCUUUCUCAAAGAAAACAUUUCUAUUUUUCCACAUUAUUUUUGUAAUUUUUCCUUCUGUGCGCUGAUAAUCUGCUGACCAAAUAAAAUGAUCUUUGUCUACA